AUGUCUCGUCGCCGUGCCUCCAACAGUGAAUCAUUGGCCUCAUCGUCAAUGAACGGGGUUAUGGCAUAUCCUUACUCCGGAAUGCAACAAAAUAAUACGUUUCCACAACAGCGUGGCCCGAUCGAAGGGCCAGGUGGACGAAGACUCACUCGCAGAGUUACCUGGCGUUCAUCCACAUACAAACUGAUGGCAUCCUUGUGGGUAUUGUCGGUGCUGUACAUUGUUUGGCUGAUUCGCGAUAUCUUCUAUCUCCCCAGGCCAUACUCCUUGGAUUUUGCUUACAGUUUAUUAGCUCAGUACGUGGGUCAUCAAGAGUAUAGCAUCUCUUCCCGAUCUCUUUACCUAGCCCCUCACCCCGGUGAUGAGCCUGCUUUAAGCAAGUCAUACUGCCAAACUCGCAAGUCCUUGCUUAGCUCGAUGAGCAACGGCGGCCGCCAUGGCUUUGGUGCCGCCUAUACCUCUCAAGGCUGCUUUCAUCACUGGUACACUGAUGCUGAGAUCUGUGGGAUUCUGGACCGAUUUGAUGGUGUCGGUUUUAUCGGUGACGAUUCCCUUGUCCAUGCUUAUGCUGAAUUCAAUAACGGGCUCCUUGAAAGAGUGGGAGAUGACAAGGAACUCCAUGCCAAUUGCCAAUGUGAUUUUCAAUUUACCAACCCUGCAUGUGCAUCCUCACCUGCCUCGCGUAGCACACAUGAGAAAUUCCACUACCUACUCACUCGUCUGUAUGAGAAGACUAAGCCUAUUCCUGUCAUUCAGAGCCUUGCUCUGUCAACUUCCGACAAUACCCACGCAAAAGGUUCGCAAUACAUGGAAAGUACCGCUCGGGCAGCACAAAGUAGAGGCAUUGAUACUUUGGGCACGUACAACGUGACAUUGCAGGCAGAAAGCUGGACUGGGAUGCUCGACGUUGAGAAGGUGGCUUUGAUGCAAGCGAUGAUGAUCAUCAAUUGGUUAUCUUUUCUUUAG